AUGGAAAAUCCUAAAUCUAAAUCCCAAUCCCAAUCUCACAUCAACCUCACACCAAUCUCAACCUCACAUAAACCCCAAUAUCAAUAUUAUCAUUCUUACUCCUUCCUUCCUACUCUUACUCUUACUCUUACUCCUACUUUCAGACCUAGUUCUACUCCUACUCCUUGGUAG